AUGGUAACAAUUGUUAAACACAAACAAUAUGGUUUGUUACGUGAUCGUAUCAAACAUAAACUACAUAUAACAAUCAAUCGCAAUACAAAGACCAAUAUCGGUUCUAUCAAGACACUGUGCAAAGCAAAGGACAUUGACCAAGACACAUUCAAGAUGGUGUACGAUAGAUAUCAACGAUACUUCUGUGACAUUGAUGCACUACGUUGGGCUGUGGAGGCUGACAACUUGGUCAUCGUGCAGACUUUGCUUCACCAGACAUAUCCAGUGAUAUUUGAGCGAGGCCAUGAGUUACUCAUACACGCGCUCACAAGCCCGUCAAUCACUGUGCUCAAGUACCUCAUGGACUCGGGACUUUUCGACAAUGACCGUCUGUUGACGAUCAAUCUGAACAGGGUGCAUGGCCCUGGCGUGGUGCCGCUGGACAAGUUCUUCAGGUCCCCUGAUGCCCUUCGUAUCAUGCGUGAGGAUGUGAACAACUUUCCUCAAGAGUUCCUUGACAAGUUCAUAUCCAAGGCGCGAAUGCAUGUCAAUAACAUUUUGGCCAGUCGCGAUCAACAACAUAUCAAUGAGCUAUUGUUCAAGGAGGGCGUGAUGAUGCUGCCCAACUUCCGAAUCACAUCUGAAAUGAUGAAGUCUGGACCCAAUGUCUCUCCAGCUGAACAACUGGCACAUUUUUUACGACUGCUCCCACAUAUGGACAUUGAUCAACAAAUGGAGGCGAACAAUGCGAUUGCAUUAUUAUCAUCAAAGAAGACGACUCAAGCUAUAUUAUCCAAACAUGGCAUGUUGGACCACAACAAUAACAACAACAACAACAUCACAAUGAUUGAUGAUGCACAACUAAUGGUCUUUGUCAAACUGUAUCAACUUAAUGUGCAGAGACGUCAUUCUGACAAACUGAACAAUUAUGCUCUCCGACAAUACAUUGCCACUGGCGACUGCAUGCUCAUCCCAUUCUUUUUGGGCAACAAUGGAUAUCCAUUGAAUAGACAUGACGUGGAUGUAUUGUUCAGCACGAUCACACAGCGUGGCACAGUCACUCAGGCGAUGGUGACAAUGGAGUACCUUCAAGAUCAAUCGGGCAACAACUAUAAUAUUGACUCGUCCGGUCCGCUGAGCGACCAGUUCCACUUCUUCAACACGGCCGACGACAUGUCUCGCAGCUUCGAGAUCAUCAAGUACCUCAACAGCACCAAACGAAUAGUUCAACCCCAGGCAUUGAGUUAUACAUUGUUCAAUGGCACGAUGGAGAUGCUUGAGUUCUUGCUGUCAGACGACAACAGGAUAUUCUCAAAAAAUGUCGUCAGAUACUCAUUGGUGCUCGAGCCCGAUCAACUCGAGUACUUCUUCAAGGUCAAGCCCGAGAUGUUUGAAUGGGAGAACACGAUGAGGUUUGCAGUGAGCUUGGCUCGUCUGGACUCGCUCAGCAUCCUCCUGGAUCACAUCCCCAGCAAACUUUCAAUGAGCACAAGAUUGUUGUUCCACCUUGUAUUGACCAAUGGUGGACACCACAUGGAAGUGAUCAGAAUGUUGGUCGAGAAGGGCAACAUCAAACCUAGUUAUGGUAUCUUUCCAACAAUUGGUCGAAUGGGUGAUAUCGCCUUUUUUGAUUACUGUCUCGCAAACUAUGAGUACCAUGAGCAUGACUUCUGGUUUGAGAAGAUGCUCAUCGGCCAAAACGAGAUUGACUACAUACCCGAGAAAGCACUGUUUGGAGCGAUUGAAUGCAAUCAAGUGAACAUGAUCAAACAUUUAUAUCAACAUCACAUGGAUGUAUUGUUGGACAAACAUUAUCAUUUACAAGCAGUUAUAGAUGGCAACCUGGAAGUGUUGGAGGUAUUGCUCGCCGUUGAUCCACUCAACCCCAACAACAAAAAGGACGAGCAGUACAUGGAUGAGCUGUUGCUGGCGGCAAUGUGGCAAGGUCACAUCGAAACACUGGAUUUUCUGUUGGAGCAUUUGGAUCAAGACUACUGCACAAGAUUCAUGGCAUAUAACAUUGUGAUCAAACCAUUCGUCGAGAACUCUGAUGUGGCAAUGCUCCAGCAUCUAUUGGACAUUGGCAUAUCGUUUGACUUGAGGAGCAUACAUACGAUGAAGGAGUUCAAGAGUAGCCAAGCUAUUCAAUCAAUAGUGGCACAGAGCAAAGAGAAGAGGGCCAAGUUAUUGGAGCAGACUAAAUUGAAUAGUGUCAAGAAGCGCAAAAGUGAGGAUGAUGUUGAUGAGACCGCGACAACAACAUCAAAGAUAAACAAGAGGAACAAAAGGAAAUAA